GAUGUGUGUUUGCGUGUGUGUGAGACACUGAACCAGGAUCUUUCUGAAGAAGCUUUGAGAUGAAAUUACUGAGAAUUUUUGCCUGAAGCGAGGGAUGUUUCCCUAGUCCAAGACAAGCAGCAGCCUGCAGUCAGAGAGAAGCAGUGGCCAAAGUCAGCCCAGAAGAGAGACUUCUCACAGAUCUUCUCAAGAGUCCAAAGGGAGAUGGUGAUGAGGAGGAGGAAGGAGGAUCCCAUGAGGCCCCAGUGUCAGCAUUCAUCAUGCUCUUUGCAGUGAGAGCCUGAGACUUUCCAGCGCUGAACAUUUCUGUGUCUCAUCUACAACCACACCCUGAAAUCAAAUUCACAGCCAGGUGAACCAGGCACUGUACAAACAUGUCAGAGCUGCCUCCGCCCCCUUCUCUCCCGCUCUCUCUUGCCUUCUCCUUUCUCUCUCAAGUUUCUCGGAGAGUCAACGGAUUCCAGCGUGAGAAUAUUUUCACCUCACCACUGGUUCUGGAGCAGUGAGAAAUCUGGGGAUAUUAAUGACUUAAUGUACUGGAGAACCGAACAGUGAAGUAGUCUGAGAAGAAGAAGAGAAGCAAAUAGCUGGCAUCAUGUUUCGCAAAAAGAAGAAGAAACGACCUGAGAUCUCUGCUCCGCAGAACUUCCAGCAUCGGGUCCACACCUCGUUCGAUCCAAAGGAGGGUAAAUUCAUUGGCUUGCCCCCUCAAUGGCAGAAUAUUCUAGACACCCUAAAACGCCCAAAGCCAGUUGUAGACCCUUCAAGAAUCACCAGGAUGCAGCUUCAACCUAUGAAGACUGUAGUGAGGGGCAGCAGCAUCGAACUGGAGGGAUAUAUCUCUGGGAUACUGAAUGAUAUUCAGAAGCUUUCUGUCAUCAGUUCCAACACUCUAAGGGGAAAGAGCCCAACCAGCAGAAGGAGAGCCCAGUCACUUGGACUUUUGGGAGAGGACAGGCUCCCAGACAUGUAUCUUCAGAGCCCUGAGGUCGACUGGGAAGACAAAUAUGGAAACUACCUCAACUGCAAUGGUGGAAGCAAAGCAGCCCGAAGGCAGACGAUGUGGCCAGAUUAUAAAUCCAGGACGGAUGGGCAAGCUCAUCCCAAUGGUAUGGUAAUGAAAGCAAAGUCCCUUGGGCCUUCAGAGUUCCAAGGUGAGGAUGGGCGCUGCAUCCAGCUCACUUCAGUUUCGCAGCAUCAACAGCACACCUGUGUUCUGGUUGGGAAGAGUGAUAAGGCUGAAAGAAGAAGCUCAGAAUGCUGGCCCCAGCCUUGCCUGGUGGCACAAGUGAAUCCCAGGCCUUCUGGGGAGGGCAGCCCUUGUCCCAAAUCGAGGGAAAACAGCUUGAAACGAAGGCUGUUACGAAGUGUGUUUCCCUCAUCCAGUGACUCAAAUAAGUCAGGCUCCGCCCUGCAGAUUAAGUCUAAUGCUUUCUUCAGGCCCCAGCAGUGGGGUUCUCCACGCAGCCCUUCAACCAAAGCCCAGUCUCUUCCGCCUGAUCAGCCAGCACCAGAUUUAACCAGGAUGAUUUCAGAAGCUGGUACCCCCCAGAAGAGCCCAACAACUGAGAAGGCAACUACAUUGCCACAGGGCAGGCCAUCACCAGCAGGAUCCCCCCGAAACAGACACACUCAGACCAGUUCCAGCAACCUUCACCUGUCCCAAGACUCUUCUGCUAAAGGACAGUUGGCCAAUGAAGACCCUGUGGUUGUGACUCAUGAGCAGUUCAAGGCUGCACUCAGAAUGGUGGUGGACCAGGGUGAUCCCCGGACAUUGCUGGAGAACUAUGUGAAGAUUGGUGAAGGAUCUACAGGCAUUGUCUGCAUCGCUCGUGAGAAGCAUUCAGGGCGACAGGUGGCAGUAAAGAUGAUGGACCUGAGAAAGCAGCAGCGACGGGAACUUCUUUUUAAUGAGGUGGUGAUAAUGAGAGACUAUCAGCACAUCAAUGUGGUGGAGAUGUAUAAAAGCUACCUGGUGGGAGAGGAACUCUGGGUGCUCAUGGAAUUUUUGCAGGGAGGAGCCCUCACAGACAUUGUGUCUCAAAUCAGGCUAAACGAGGAACAAAUUGCGACAGUGUGUGAGUCAGUGCUGCAAGCCCUUGCAUAUUUGCAUUCCCAGGGUGUGAUUCACAGAGACAUUAAGAGCGACUCCAUUCUCCUGACCCUUGAUGGAAGGGUGAAACUCUCAGAUUUUGGCUUCUGUGCUCAGAUCAGUAAAGAUGUACCAAAAAGGAAGUCCCUAGUGGGAACUCCAUAUUGGAUGGCUCCGGAGGUUAUUUCAAGGGCCCCAUACACUACUGAGGUGGAUAUCUGGUCUCUAGGGAUCAUGGUGAUAGAGAUGGUGGAUGGAGAACCCCCCUAUUUCAGUGACUCACCAGUCCAAGCAAUGAAGAGACUCCGUGACAAUUCUCCUCCCAAACUGAAAAAUUCUCACAAGACUUCUCCAGUUCUGAGAGACUUCUUGGAACGGAUGUUGACACGAGAUCCUCUAGAAAGAGCAACAGCUCAAGAGCUUCUGGAUCACCCCUUCUUGCUCCAGACUGGACUUCCAGAGUGCCUAGUCCCCCUUAUUCAGCAGUACAGGAAACGCACCUCCACCUGCUGACUCUGCGCAUGGGGAAAAGCCAGUAUCCCAGCACUGGAAAGGCAAUUUCUCUGCUGGAAAUACUUGUACUUGACCAAGACUCAAGCAGUGUCACUCUGCGAACAGUGCUUAGAACUUGUCAGUAUUUUUUUUUGGAAGGAUGAAUGUGAAAAUUCCCUCCAGCCUUUAGCUGCUUCCCUUUUGCUGAAGACAAUCAAGUCAGACCCAAUAUUUCUCAAGAACAAAACAGAGGCAUUACAUGGCUUCUGGAAUCUCAUAUUUCUCUUACAA